AGCGAUAUGGACUACUGUCCCCCCGAGCUGGUGCUCAACAUCGCAAGCUACGCUUGCGUCGACGGUGGAAAAACAGGGUGCUCGCUCUCGCUCGUUUCCCGCUACAUACGAGGUGCUACUGCUCGCGCCCGCUAUCAGUCAGUCGCGCUCUUUGACCCUGAUGGCCUUCUCUCGUUCGCAAACCUCGUCACAGAGCGCCAUGUUGAGGUUCCACCUCUUCAUCUUUUCGUCUCGCUCGAGGAUUUCAAUUUCAAGGAGCAAGAUGGCGGAGGAAGGGCCGAAAAUGCACUGGCGUUGGUCCUGUUGCAUGUCUCGCCGACUCUGCGAGCCCUCACUAUACACUGUAUUAACGCCAACACAGUGGCCUUAACUCUUGCUAAGCAGAGCAUCGCCUUCCUCGAGCUCACAGACCUCUCAAUUUCCGACUUCUUUCUGCCCAGCUCCAUCUCGAUCAUUAAAGGACGCUUCCCGUCUCUCCGUAGGCUUCACGUCUCCCACGACACAAUGAGGUUUAAGAGUGUCAAGUUCUUUGAAGCACUUGCGUCAACUCUGCCAACGAUCACGCACCUCAGGUUCGCUUGGUACGACCAGGACGGGGACUUCGCGGCGCUGCUAUGCGAGAUCUUGCGAGAUCCUGCAUCCGAGGAUAAUAAUCAAGAAACAGGACUACAAUACGUGUUCCCGCCAUGGUCAGACAUAGCUAUUGAAGCCCGGAAGGUCGCGGAGACGCUGGAAAAGCUGAAGGUCAUCAUUGUGCAACUCGCGAUGCUGACACCAGAUACGCUGGCUGCUCCAGGGGUCACUCAUGAAGCAAUGGAGACCAGCUUGGAGAACGUUGCCAGAGAGGACAGAAGUGGCCUUGGAAGAGGCCAAUUCAUCCUCUUACCGGCAUCACCGGAGGCGAGAAACUACUAUACGGUGCAGGAAGCGAAGAAGGACUGGCUGGAUCUAGUUGGCGGGGGAGAUGGUCCUUGGUCUCUUCCAGAGACCUCUGGAGAUGUUAGGAGCGCUCUGCAUAUUUGAUGUAGGAUGUAAACAUCGCACAAUCUGUAGAAAGUAAGAUAUUUGGGUGGUAGU